AUGGCAUCGCCACCCCCGGAAACGGAUGUAGAAGUAGAGAAGGAAAAGAAAGUACCCCAAUUCAAGAGCUUCAAGGCGCCCACAGGCGGCAGUAGCAGCAAGCCAAUUCCACAAUUUAGCAGCUUCAAACCCUCAUCCUCAAGUACCAAGCCCGACGAACCAUCCCGUCGCGAUCAUAAACCCCGAGGACAUGAAAGAGACGACAAAGAAAGAUCCCGUCGCGAUAGGUCUUCCGAUCGACGACACCACCAUAGUCACAGUCAUAGCCAUCGACAUAGCGACAGAGAUGACCAUCGGAGACAUCGCUCGCGUGAUAGAGAGCAAGGUAGUCGUCGGGAUAGAGACAGAGAUGGGGAUAGUAGGGAUAAACGCCGACGUCAUCGCUCACGGUCACGAUCGGAAUCGCCAAGACGUAGAAAAGAUGAUAAUAAGAUAACACUGCAUUCGACGGCGGUUCAGGAUCCGGAUAUCUUACCUUGGGAUACACCGAAUCUACCAUAUCAAGUUGAUACUAAGGGUGAUCCUCAUAAUAUUACCUACGGAACAAUACAUCGGUACAAUAUUCCGAAGUAUUGGCGGUAUGGGCGGGAUAGGAUCAUGGGGUUGGGGAGAGGCGUAAAAAUUGAGUCAGAUAGGGGAGAUGGGAAAGGGUUGGUUGUUGGGGAGGCGGGAGGGAAGGGAAAUGGAAGAACGAAAGGGUGGGCUUAUGCGCUCGAGGGGAGCCGACAGCUCAGGGUCAAGGUUGCUGGAGACGAUGAAAAUAAAGGGUUCGUGGAAGGGUGGGAGUUUAUAGAGCUGCCAGGAAAGGGCACGAAGAGGAAGAGAGCCGACGAGGAGGAAUUGGCAGCAGAAAGAGAUUAUCGGUCGAUAGAAGGGAUGCAGAAGGGUCAGGUGCCUAGCCUGGAGGAAGAUCUUGAAGAAAUCGAUUCCUCGGACAAUGAGGCAGCUGCUUUUGAUGCGGAUGUGAAGGAUCGAACGAUCAAGUUGUCGAGAUUGGUGGAGGCUGAACCGCAGAAUAUCGAUGCUUGGUUCUCGCUCAUGGAGCAUCAGGAGACCAUCGUUUACGGAAACAAGGAAAAGAGACGGCGGAAAAUUCGGCAGGGCGAAAAGCGAAGUCUUGAAGAGGUGAAGUUAGGGAUUCUGGAAAAAGCUAUCAGCAAAAACGAACGAAACCCUCGACUUCAGUUAGCCUAUAUGAAAAUUGCUACAAGUAUUUGGGAGCCUCCAAAAAUCAAAGCGAAAUGGGAGGAUUUACUAGCGACAAAUUCCACGAUUGACUUGUGGCAAGCUUACCUCAACUUUCGACAAACGGAUUUUGUGUCCUUCAAAUACAAGGAGUGUCUGAAGGUUUACGAGGAGUGUAUCGGAAAACUAAGAGGUAGGAUACUUCGAUAUGGUACAACAGAAGACGAAAGAGUUGAGCUCGAAGAUCUUUUACUCUACAUUAUUAUACGAGCAACGGCAUUCAUGGACCAAGCUGGGUUUUCGGAGCUUUCUUUGGGUAUCUGGCAAGGAAUACUUGAAAUGAAUAUCUCGUCUCCCAGGGCGUUUACAUCUGGCCCCAACUCCCUCACCGAGCACGAACGAAUGCUCGAUUCCUUUGGCACAUUUUGGGAUAGCGAAGUCCUAAGAAUAGGUGAGCCGAAAGCAAGGGGGUGGGCAGCAUAUUCCGAGGAAGAUAUUGGAGAAUUUGCAGACCCAAAAGAUCUUCCAGAUGACUAUUCGCCAGGUGACGAUUUGAAACCUAGUGACAAAGAUUUCUUUGGGGCCUGGUUCGACAAAGAAAAGGUGCUGCUCGGGAAGCUUCCCGCUCGAACGACAGAUGAGAUCGAAGAGGAUGACCCUUUUAGGGUGAUUCUCUUCAGCGAUAUUCGAUCAUUUCUUUGGAAGUUUCAGUCCCAUGAUAUUAAAGGAAAAAUCGGAGAUGCCUUCCUCGCAUAUACGGGCCUUGUUUCUCCGACACUCUACCAGAAUGAUGCCUUUUUUAGAACCGAUCUCGUCAAAGCUGGCGAGGCAAGCCUAGCGAAAUGGUUCUGGAACGAUAUGGGAGACUCUGGAGCAAAGCUUAUUGCUUGGGUAGACGGGAUACCUAUGGAAGCCGAAAGGCGGUUCAGGGUAACCAGAAAUCCGUUCUUGUUCCGGAGCAGCCAUCUCCCAUUGGACGCGUCAACACUGUUUGCUUCUAGUUGGUGGUUCAGCUCUACAGAGAUCUCCGACCGAGGAAAAGGCAAGGUUGACUUUUGUAUCGCUAUGCUUAAAGACUUCGCUCUGAGAAUAUCGGAUGAAAGGCUGGCAUUGCUAUCUUUCUCGCUAGAAUAUAAGAGAAACCCGAUGAACAACAAAAAAAUCGCAAAGCAGUUUCUAAAAAAGCAUUCGAAUAGUCUAAAACUGUGGAAUGCAUAUGCCAUCAGUGAGAUUGCACAAGGUAACAAAGAGGCUGCAGUAGGAGUCUACCAGACGGCCUUAAAGAUGAGUGCCGCAUUCUCGGAGGACCAGCAACGCUUUGCGAUCGAGUUGUGGCGAUCAUGGGUAUGGAGCGAGGUCGACGAGGAUCACGAAGACGCAGCAUUGGACAUAUUACUCUCCAUCCCGGAUGGUCAUUCAGCAAUUGGUCGAAAAUCCGAGCGUGGAGCAUCGGCUUUGCUAAAGAUUCGAAGGUUCCUGGAAGACAUGAGACCUCGGAUGUACUCACAAAAUGAACUAGAGAUAGCACUGGCUCACGCAGAGUUACAUUCGCUGUUCCUAUACUUGUCUUUGAAAGACAGGGAUCUGAUUGCCAUCUUAAAGCCACUCGACGAGCUGAUCAGCGACUUUGAAGAAAACGGUAAAACUGACUGCAUCGAGGAGGCCUAUAUGAGCAAAGCUAGGGUUUUUUUCCGCUCUGCUCUAACAUCUCGUGCUUAUAAGGCAUCGACAUUUAGAAUCUUUCUUGAGAGUGCUAUCAAGAAGUUUCCCGAUAACACAGCAUUUUUGAGCCUUUUCGUGUGGAAUGAAUCACGCUCGAAGAUUGAGUACAGAAUUCGUACGAUGCUAGCGGCAGAUACGGGCUCGGAUGAGGGGUCGGUUGUGAAAUGGGUCUUCUCAAUCUGGGCCGAGAUGCAGAUGAGUCUUGGGAGCAACGUAAACUCCAGUGGUGUUAGAAACUUAUUCGAAAGAGCGGUGGAGUCCGAACGGACUAAAUCGAGUAUUCAAAUCUGGGUACUCUAUUUACAAUUCGAGGUUCGACAGUCACAGCCAGGGCGGGCGAAAGACGUGUUCUUCCGCGCUAUUCGCGCAUGUCCCUGGUCCAAAGAUAUUGUCCUAUCAGGAUUCAAAUUGCUUCGGUCUAUCCUUGACUUCGGGGAAAUGAGAAAAGUUUAUGGGGUCAUGCAGGAGAAAGAGCUACGUGUCCACGUUGAUAUCGAAGAGUUGUUGGAAGAGUGGGAUCAGGACGCCAUGAUGGAUGGUGCUGGCAAGGCAUCGAUUAUUGGCAGCGUUACCCAUCGAAUCACUUUGCCGGAUGAUGAGGAUAGUGAUAUGGAAGGAGCAUAA